GCUACACCGUGGAAAAACAUCGUGGGAACUGUCGCAGUUUUAGGCUCGAGGCUUUGUCCUCCCUGAACCCUGACAUGCUUUAUUUUACAGUUUAUUUACCCAUCGCUGUUCUGCGUCCACUGAAACCGUAAUGAAACUGUGGGGAUGGGGUUCGUUUUCCAGAAGAUGGCAGCAUUGAGAUAACCAGGCGCAGCUAAAUCUCAGUGAAGAAGAUCUGCGCCCACAGGAAGCAUGGUGCGGGUUGAGUGCUGCUGCUCCGACUCCCUCCGCUGCGGGAUUAGGAGGUAACAGCGGUGUCAUCGCGGGACUGUAGCAGAGACGAGGUACCGGAGUGACGGUUGAGGAGAGACUAUUCCGUUACGUCCAAAAUACAUACAAUGGACGACAGCAGCCUGCCCCGGAGGGAAGCAGGUCGUUCGAGGAGGGUGUCUGCUGCUGCGGAGCUUGGAGCUAAUGUUAGCCUGCAAGAUGGCGAGGUGAUCGACCUAACCCCUUCCAGAGAAUGUCAGCCUGGAGCGGACAGACCGGGCGCUGCUGGCGGGAGGAUGGAGAGGAGGAACUCGGCACCUCACAUAGUCCAUAAGAGGCAUAUGCCCAAGGAGCCCUACAAGUUCCACAUACCGAAGAAAACUGAGGAAAAGAAAGCUCUGUUCCAGUAUGUCUCCACUGAGUCCAGGGAGUAUGAAGACAUGAUGACUAUCCUGACCUCCAGCUACAUCGACACUAACUCUGCUGGAUGCUUUACGUACUCCAUACCUCGGCUUGUCUACAGUGAGCUGCUGGAGAAAGAGUUUGUGGAAAAAAGGAAGGAGAUGAAGGCAGAGGGGAGGACCGAUAAGGAGCUGGAGGAGUGCUACUGUUUCCUGUUGACAGACACUCAAAAGCUUCCCCUGCUCUGUGAGAAGGGACUGUUUGUGGGUCAAAGCUGGAUCACAGUGUUGGGAAACCCCAGUAAAGGAGUGUAUCUGUCAAGGUACUCAGACCUGCUGCAGAUGAGUUCCUUAACACCAGGAACUACGGGGGAGAUUGUCAUCUUCAAAGUGAUGAAGGGAAAAGUCAAGAGCAUCUAUGAAAACAUGAAAAACCUUCUAGAUCCAACGCCUCGCUUUGACAGCCAUAUCUCCAAGAACGCCAGCAAAGUCACCUCGCUGAACUCAUACCGCGCAUUUGAACUCACACAGCAAUACUUCUACGAGUAUUCAUUCGACGAGCUGCGACAGCGACCUCGCCAGGUGUGCCCGUACGCUGUGGUCUCCUUCCAGCUUAAAGGAAAAGACUCUCCUCUUCCCAGUGCACCUGUAGCACCCAUCAGGUCGAACAGUCAGUCAGCAGAGGGGAGUAAAGAGCAUGCUCAGUUCACAGUGUGGACUGGAGACCUGGUGAAAGGCGACCGAGUACUCUUUCAGAUCUCGCUCUGUUCCCUGUCUCCUCCCUUCCUACCCCACAAACUACCAGAGAAGCUGGAAAUUGGUCAUUUGAUGAGGCUCGACCAGGUGACCAACCUCCUCCCUGCCAGCCUGUUCUCCUAUAACCUCUACAACAGCAGCCAGGAGGUUGUGAAGAACGGCUAUUACUGCAGUCUUCUGGAAGUGAUGGACAGAAAUCGGUCUAAAACCAGCGUGACGAGACUGCUGCAUGAGCUGGAGAUAAAGCGAGUGGUUAUAGUGACUCCGCUUAUAGAUAAAGGCUUUCUGUUCCUGUUGUCCAGUGUUCAGAUGGCCACGCCCACAGAGAGAGGAGAGAACUGGAAGAGGUGUCUUCAGGCAUUGUUUGUUUUCCCAGAGACCAGAGAUGUGUCCAAAACUGCACCGCACUCUGGCUUCUCUUCCCAUGAUGCCUCUGAGUCUCAGACAUCUGGUGCUGCAGUAAUGUCACGGCUAAGUCAGUUUAUCCCAGCAAUGCAUCAUGCCCUGCUCAAAGUUCGUGCCAACCCCCCUCCUGAGCUGUCUGCUGGUGUGGAGCGCCAGGCACGGGAAUACCUCAUUGGCCUGAAAGACGGCAAGGUUCGACAGUACCCAAUGGGUGAGUACGAUUCCCAGAUGGAUGACAAGGAAAAGUCAGUUGCUGCUCCCAUACACCAUCGGGUGAACUUGGAGGGUUACCUGCGCUCCUACCUGUACAGCCCCGCCUUCUACCUUCUAUCAGCAGCUCGGGCCAGGCUGUUAUUAGAGGCGCACUGUGGAAUUGAGCAGCCGCAUCAGGAAGCAAGAGCCAGGAAAAGAGACGCAACAGAGAAGGAAGCGACAGGAAAUACUAGGCACGGGCAGACCAACACACAAAAGAUGCAGCAGCUGAUCGACCUUGUUUUGACCUGCAAGAGGAAUGCAGAAAAUGAGGUGAAGAGGGAGGAAGGAGGGGGGCUCCAGGCUCCAGGGAGGAAGAGGAAGAUGGAGCAGCAGGCGGCAGAGAGGGCUCUUAAAUACCUGAAAGCAUCCCAGGAACCCAUAAGGCACAGCAAGAUCCCAGUUGAAGGAAACCAAGUGUCCUUGUCUCCUGUCUCCUUCACGUCUGUGAUUGGCUCAUUGGGUUUGAAGGAUACUGAUUUGAGAGAAGACGGAUCUGAACUUGCCGCCAAACUUCUGAGCCUGCUAACAAGCCUCGACCAGGCUGCCAGAGGAACGGCUAAUCAGAGCCUUUAUGAGGCACAAGAAGAUGGGCUGAGGGGGUCGUAUCCGUUUGAUAAGCUGGCUACAAAACUAGGCCUGCCCACUAACUGUGACAUUGAUCUGAGAAAGCAGGAUGAGCUGGAGGAGCAGACGGCAGGUAGCGUCAGUAGUUUGGAGGGAUUCAGUCCCAGCUCGCACAGCGGGGAGAUGAAUCACCACGGAGCAGCAGCUCGAGGAGGAAGAAGAGAGUUGGGGAAAAAAAUGGAGUUUGAUGAAGAUGACGAUGAGGAAUAUGAGAUCCCGUGGGUCCUCAUCCCCAUAACAGGUCUGAAUUCAGAGAGGUACGCCCUGGGAGACAGGAACAUCCCUCACGAUCCUCGUUUCCUGCACCUCACCAUGGCUACAAGCAUCACCACAACAACCAACCCUCCCAGGCAGAGCCCCACCUUGUCUCCUGAGCCCAGAUCUCCUCCCUCCCCCUCCCUGUGCCCAUCCCCUGAGGCCAGCCUGCCUCCAUCCCCCUCCCAGUGCCCCUCACCUGACCCCAGUCCUCCUCCUUCACCCUCGCAAUGUCCUUCUCCAGAUCCCAGUCCCCCACCUUCCCCGUCUCAGUGCCCAUCUCCAGAGCCCAGCCCUCCCCAAUCUCCCACACAGUGCCCAUCUCCUCAGCCCAGUUCCCCACCUUCUCCUUCCCUGGAGGCCAGCCCUCCGCCCCACACAUUCUCCCAGCCUAAUGAGCUCAGCCUACUUAAUAAGAACCACAAAAGUGCUAACGAGGAGUUGUUAACCUCCAUGGCCUCCAGGGAGUUUGCAGCAGCAUCCAGUGACAAAGGGGAGAAACCUCAGGGUAAAGAAAAGAAGACUGAAGAGCCAUGUGUUUCAGCAGCCAUCCGUCCAUCUAUUCCUCCAUCUCCAGAGAGAAGGAUCUCGUCACCAUCCACUGAGCGAGUGAAGGAAGCAACAGAAAGAGGAAUGGUUAAAGUGAAAGAAGAAGCGGUAGAAGCUUUGGUGAAGGAAAAAGAAAGUCAGGCAGGUGAAAAGGUGCAGAAACGAGAGAUAAAAGCGACUGAUGAUCAUGAACAAGAUUUGGAGAUCCAAGAGAUGGAUUGUAAAAAGGGAAAUGUGAAGGAGCUGGUAGGUGGUUCUCCCUCCUCAGCCUCUGCUUGCACAGAUAUUAACAGCAUUGUGGACAGACAUCUUGGUGACUUCUCCUCUGAGAUUCAGCUGCUCCUGCAGGAGGAGAGCACCCACUAUAACUUACCUCAGUAUCCUCACUCGACUUUAAUCACAGCAACACCUACACCUCAACACACAAUGUCCUACGCCUCCGUGUCUCAGUUUUCACAGUAUGUGUCCUUCUACAACCCCUGCCCUUCCGUGCAGGACUACGUGGACUCACUAAAGGACGGCAUUAACAGCAUGAUAACAGAGUUUGAUGAUGGCUGGCGAGAGCGCAAGCCCGAACUCAGUGGGACUAACCCUGACUCCACUUUAGCGAAUACAGUCAGUGCUUUUGUGGCCAGCGUUCGAGCAGCUAAUACUACAGGCAGAGAUGACGAGGGGUCUGCUUCCUGUGAUGAGUGGACAGCUGCUGACUCUGGCACCACAGUCAGUCAAAGCCUAGCGCUCUCCAGAGGAAAUGAAGCGUGGCUGCCAGACAGCACAACCUACAGGAAUCCCACAAGUUCUCAUGUUUCUUUAUCAAUUCCUACCCCCUCAUCUGGUUUGAUCUAUGAGCCUGCAAACACUUCUGUCCUCUGCCCUCCACCUAGCACAUCACCACAUUCCCAGUGGACACCGCAGCAGAAUGAAACUGUAGAAAUCAGCAGGACAAUCACUCAAGAUGUCAGCCAAACACAGGAAAACAGCACCACGAGGACUGUGCUAUGUACUGCUGCUGCUGACAGUGGGGGUGUUCUUCCAGCUAAAAACAUUGUUGUGACUCUGCCGGGGCUAGGCGGCACUUCUGACCCUUUGGGAGAAGCUUCCAAUCCCUCUAAACCGGCAUCCAGCCCGAGCUCUGUACCUGUCGCCAAGCCCAGUGUGGGGACCGCACCCCCUGCCACAGACCUGAGCUCCCUGAUCAGCCAGUUGCAGCCAGAUGUGUUCAACAGCCUGGUGGAGAUCAUCAAAGAAGUCAAGAAAAACUCCCUGCAGUUCUACAUCCACUGCACUGAACCAGGAGACAAGGUCACCAAAGAUAUAAAGGAACUCCUGCUGAAGCAGGGUAACGUGGAGCAGAAUCCGAUCACCUUUCUGAGCCAAGAAGACCCUGACAACAGGCUCCUGGUCAUCAUUAAGAACAAGGACAUAGCUGGACAUGUACACAAGAUCCCAGGGCUGGUGUCUCUGAAGCGACACUCCGCUGUGGUGUUUGUGGGAAUCGAUACGCUGGAUGACAUCAGGAACAACAGCUACAAUGAGCUGUUUGUAGCCGGAGGCUGCAUCGUAUCAGACGAGCUGGUCCUCAGUCCAGACUGCAUCACUCACGAACGACUGGCGGCACUGCUGAUGUUCCUGGAACAGCACAGUUCUCUAGAGAAUGUUUGGAGGUGGAAGAUUCACUGCAAAACGCACAAAAAAUUAAAAGAACAAGCCAGAUUCAGGAGAGAAGCAGCCAGCCUGCUGGAUUUGCUGUCAGCUUAUCAGAAGCGGCAGAUCGUGGAGUUCCUCCCUUAUCAUCACUGCGACAUGAUGAACCGUCAGUCGCCUGACCUGGACUGUCUAAUCGAACUGCAGGGACGAUACACGCAGUACCGACACACGAUCUUCCUCACAGAGCAUCAUAAUGAGAAGUUCACGGCCUACUCCAGCGGGGGCAUCAUUGUUGCCAAUAUCGAUGAAAUUCUGCACAACUUCUCCCAAAUAGUUGGUUGUCAUGACAUCAAGGCAAAGCAGCCAAUCAUAGAUGACAUGUUGUCUCCCAAAGGUGCCAAAGGUGUCGGGGGUCAGCUGAGUCAUAGUGACUGUGUCUCGGGUCCUGAAUGCUCCCUGUCCAUCUUUCCAGAGCACAACCACUCGCUCUCCUCUAUCACCCAACCACAGCAGCUUCCACAGCCCAGCUCCGGCUUCCCAACCUCUGUCCCUCACCCCUCUGACCAGCUCGUCCCUGACGCCUCCUGUAAGGACGGGGUCCCUCGCCACUCGGACGCUGACUGUGAGGUUCUUCGACAGGCCAUCUUACAACUGCGGGCAGAGCGUCAGGCGCAGCUGCAACAGCUUCAGCAGCAGCAGCAGCAGUUGGAGUCCCAGGCAGAGUUGAGCAUUAACCCUGUGAAAGGCUUCCUACACAGUCCCUCCUCUCCUUUGGGUCAGGGAGGUCCUCCUGACGCAGUACAGCUUACUCCAGGCAGGAAAGCCGUGGCAGCCACACUGGACUCAAUUCACUCGGUACUGCAGCCAGAGCUGAGCAGCAGGAGAGAGGACAAGGUGGAGCCUGGUACAGAGGGAUGGAGGAGAGGAGGAAGUGCAGGGAGAGAGGCUGAAGAUCAGAGAGGCAGCACUCCAGUGCGAGUGGUGGGCUCACAGGCAGGAAACCAGGCUACUGGCAAUAAUGGCACGCCAGCCUUUCCGAGCAAUCAGAACGCAGCUGUAGUGACAGCGCUGAGCAAUCAGACACACGGCGAAGCAGAUCAACAUGGAGAGCCUGCGUUUUCCAAAGCAGACGAAAGUAGUGCACCGCCCUGCACCACCUGUCCAGCAGAGGGCGAGGACAGAACAAGUGAAACAAAAGCCAGCUAUGAACAGCCAAUAACAGAAGAGGCAGCACCACCGGGCAACAGUGAGGUACCUGGAAACAUCACCUCGGUCACAAACCACGAGAGUGUCUCACAUCCUGCUCUGCCCCAACUACAAAUCCAGCACCCUCAGCAACAUGUGAGCGAGCAGCAGCAGGGUGCUACACACCUGCAGUACCAACCGCCCAGCCAGCGGGGCAUUGGUCUCCUUCACCCCCACCUACCUCGAGUCCACGGACAGCCUUUUCACCGGGCCCCCAUGCUGGGGCCCCUGAAUGCCCUGGGAGGAAUCAGGGGCCUCCUGGGGCAGCCACCCCUGUGGCCUGGAGGUUUAGGCCCUGUAGGUGCUGUCCCCCUGGUCUGGGGUUUCCAGCAGGCAGCUAUGGACUUCACGGGUCCUUCACUGCUGGGAGGGUACCACAGCCCUGCAGGUCCGGGCGGCUUCAGGUACAGAGGGGGGCAGCGAGGAGGCUUUAAUGGGACGUAGACAACCAGCAGAUUAAACUAUGACCCCAGAAAACUAACAGCCUGGAGUCUGAACAGGCCAAACUCUGACAGGUGUCCACGCUCUGUUUCCAACAACAAAACAAAAAAGAUCAUCGUUUUAGCCAGCUUAUUGCACCACAAAAAAAUUCAUGUUGUUUGUGGUUCAAAAGUGGAGUAGAGUAGAGUAGAGUCUUAAAGUAUGCAAGCUUCAGAUGGUUUGUAUAGUCUGCUUCUGAUCCUGAAUCAUCCCAGGAGGUCAAAGAAUCUGCAUGUUUCUGUCAGUCAGGGCUCAUCACCUCUUUUUAUGUGCAAGACCGUGUCUUGAAAAUGCCGCACACUAAUUUUAUAUCAGUGCUGCAGGUCUUUGUACAGUAUUCAAACUUAUAAACACAAACUUUUUCAACCUGUACUCCUGCAGGGCUGUUCUUAAACCCCAGGAGAUAUGUGAAUGUGUGAAUCAGCAAUAAGUUGUUUUCUUUUAAAUCAAGUUUCUGAUGUUUUUCAUUUAAAACAUCGAAAAUGUUAUUUCUCACAUAAAAAUAUUGACUGUCAAGCCCUCCUGUAGUUGUUUUAUGCACCUAAGAGUGACUGAAAUGUCUCAAGACAUUUGUCUCUGAUGGCUGGCAGUCUGAGAUCAGAUCAAAAAAUGUUGUCCUCAACUAUUUUCUGUCUCUUACUGAAGUUCUGCAGCCUCCAAAAACCUCACAGCACCAAAUAUGUCUGUCUGUUUGAAAAACACUGAAAGAUGAAGCCCUUUCUCAGUUUUUGGACAUGAUCGAGAGAUAAAAACAAGCACAGCAAUUGGUGUACCUCAGUCACAGAAGAAUUCAGUACUGAUGUGGAUACAGGGCAGGUUCUGACUGAAUGAAGGGUCUCAUUUAAAUCAGUAUCAUCUGGACCUUAAGUGUGACUCUUAUUACUCUGAGUGGUAGUCCCAUUUUCCCAGAUUCCCUGAACGCACCAGUUUCACACUCUGGGAACGUUUAAUAAGUAAAGUUUUUGUUUUGUUGUGAAGAUGUUUUGUUUUUGUGGAAAAUGGCACUGCAGAGUAACCUGUACCGGAGGCUGACAAACAGACUGCCUCAUACCUGUGGACGAUGUUUAUAUCCUGUAAAAAAGUUUAGUUUGUACAGAGUGUUUUGGUUGUUACACUCUGAGCUGUUUGUGUUAAAUUUUAUGUAGGGAGAGACUCUGGAGUGGACCGGUUUUAACUUAAAGCAUUUUUUAUGUUUUCUUUUUUAUAUCAGAUUUUUUUGUAUUAAAAUAAUAAACGUUAUAUAAAACUUUGUGC